CCGAACCCGCUGGAUGAGCUCCCACCCAGUCCAUUUGUGCUAGACGCCUUCAAGCGUGAGUACAGCAACACGGACACACGCACAGUCGCGGCGCCGUACUUCUUCCAGCACUACGACCCCGCCGGCUACACGACGUUCUGGUGCCGCUACAAGUACAACGAGGACAACAAGAUGCAGUUCAUGACGGCGAACCUCAUCCGCGGGUGGUUCCAGCGCAUGGAGCACACACGCAAGUACGCCUUCGGUGUGGCGCUCAUCAUUGGUGAGGAGAAGAAGCACGACAUUGUGGGCAUGUGGGUGUUCCGCGGCAAGGGCAUGCCCGAGAUUGUGCGCGAGGUGGAGGACACGGAGCUGUUCGACUGGGAGGAGAUCCCCGACGUGACGGCGCAGCGGGAGCGCAUCACGGACUACCUGUGCUGGGAGGGCCCAACGAUCCCGAAGCCGGUGCUGGAGGGACGCGUGUUCAAGUAA